AUGACAAGUGCCGCAAGUCGAAGUAUUGGUAUUGGGAGUGUAGCGGGCUCCACCACGUCAUGGAAAGAGCACGUUCUGGACGAUAUCCCCGUAGCGGCUGAAGACGUGGGCGAUGCCGUCACGUGUCUGCUGCACACUGUUCUGUUUACAAGAGCCCCAGGGCCUGUCCGUCCCAGCGAAGCCACGUGUCAGGCUUUUCCGAGCAUCACGUACGCUCUGUGCGCAGUGGGAGACGUGAGUCGGAAAGUCGACCACGCGGUGCGCAGCUUGGAGGAGUCGGUGGUACUAGGAGGGAGUCUGGUCGCCGCCAGGUGUAGCAGUAACUCCAUCGGAAAUACCGGUAGCGCUUUUAUGACCCCGUAUGGACAACCGUUUCUGAACCCAGCCGGUGUCAGCAGCGACGUCCGAGGUGCUACCAGUGGCUACAUUGUUGUGACCUUUUUCGAGCGGAAAGUAAAGAAAGCGCUGUUUGGACUCAUGUCGAACGAGGAGAAGGCGGUGUUUGAGAAGUGGAUCAUGCCAGUGACGGUCACGUCGUCACCGGCUGCGUCGCGAGAGGAGAAAGAGUUAUGUGCGGGCGAGACAGAAGCAGCGCUACAAGGUGCUCUGAUGCAUAUUCUGACGGCGGUGCAGAGUAUCGAGCACAUUCCGAAGGCGAUGUACGACUUUGAUAUCACGACGUGUAGUACCUUGGACGCAGCGCAAGAUGGCAGAGGCUAUGGCGAAAGGUCGGGAAGUACUAGCGUGCGCGUUAUGCCGUAG